UUAAGUUGUCGAUAUUCAGUUAUCGAUUUGUUUCGCUGGAGGAAGAUGAUUUGUUCAUUUUCCAAAAAGUCUACCGAGUGUCCUGUUAUUUCAAAGACUUCUGGAUACAUAUUCGACAAGCUAUUAAUUGAGAAAUUCAUCCUUGAUUCCGGAAAAUGUCCCAUUACCGGGGAGCCGUUAAGCAUGGACGACAUUGUUCUUGUCAGAACACCCAAGAUACCAGAUGCAGAGACAGUUGAUAUGAGUUCUUCAAGUAACUCUAAAACUGUCGAGGAAAUUGAUUGCCAAAGAAUGCUAGAUGAUAUGGUUGAAGCUAUUAGAGAAUCUUCUGCACGCUUACGACGAUUCAGGAGAAAUUCAAGAGAGAUCCCUACAUCCCUGGCCUCUGCUGAUGCUCUACAAAACUGUAUGUUGAGCGGCACUCAUCAUCUUCACAAGACUGACAUGCCAGGCAUAUUAUCUUUGGAUAUUGACAUUUCCAAGGAUAUCAUUGCUACUGGUGGUGCUGAUGCUAAUGCUAUCGUCUAUGAUCAAGUGUCUGGAAAUGUUAUAUCAGCACUGGAAGGUCACACUAAGCAGGUCACAAGUAUUAAAUUUGUGAAGGAAGGUGAACUUGUAAUUACCGGAUCGGCUGAUAGUACUGUUCGUGUGUGGCAACGGUCAGAAGGCGGGAGCUACAAGUACAAGCACAUUUUAGAUCAUCACACUGAUGAGGUGCAAGCUGUCAUGAUCCAUCCAAUCCAGACGUACUUAAUAACAGCUUCGCUCGACUGUACUUGGAAUUUAUAUGACAUCUCUCAUGAUUUUAGGAUUGUUGCUUGUGCCAAGGGAUCUGAGAGAUUUACAACUGCAGCUUUUCAUCCUGAUGGUCAUGUAAUUGGGACCGGCACCUCACGUUUUGUUAGAUUCUGGGAUGUAUCAAAACAAGAUGAUAUUUUCAAAAUUGAUGCUCAUGCUGCGCCAGUGAGCUCAAUUGCGUUUUCGGAAAAUGGUUACCAUCUAGCGACUGCUGCUGAAGAUGGUGUAAAGCUGUGGGACCUACGUUUUAUAAGAACUCUCAUGACAUUCCCGUCAGAUUUGAAAACAGGCACACGUCCCAUCGACUUUGAUUAUAGUGGGCUUUAUCUUGCCAGUGGUGGUUCACAUAUCAGUGUUUACGACAUUGCCUCGGCGCCCAAGUACGGAACUAUUGCCACCUUUUCUGAUUAUUCGGGCAUAGCUAAUAUUACUUCUUUGAAAUUUGGCAAAGAUGCCAAAUACAUAGCAGCCGGGUCACAGGAUUCAAAGCUAUUAUUAUUCAGCUCGCCUAAAAAUGACGAAUUGAUGGACUGUUAGCAUUGUUGUAGAUUUUGAAAUUGUAUAUGCCCUGUCCUGUAAACUCUGCUAGUUCCAGCGAGUUAGUGCACCAAAAACUGCAUCUAACCUUUUUGUGAACUUGAAAUUUUUGUGAUUUACAGAAGUUAUCGAGUUAUAAUUGUCAUUAUUA